CGCUCCAUGGCUCCCUUAGCCGAAGUUGGGGGCUUCCUGGGCGGCCUGGAGGGCUUGGGCCAGCAGGUGGGCUCGCACUUCCUGCUGCCUCCUGCGGGGGAGCGGCCGCCUCUGCUGGGCGAGCGCCGGGGCGCGGCGGAGCGGGGUGCGCGUGGCGGGCCCGGGGCUGCGGAGCUGGCGCACCUGCACGGCAUCCUACGCCGCAGGCAGCUCUACUGCCGCACCGGCUUCCACCUGCAGAUCCUGCCCGACGGCAGCGUGCAGGGCACCAGACAGGACCACAGCCUCUUCGGUAUCCUGGAAUUCAUCAGUGUGGCAGUGGGACUGGUCAGUAUUAGAGGUGUGGACAGUGGUCUGUUUGGAAUGAAUGACAAAGGAGAACUCUAUGGAUCAGAGAAACUGACUUCUGAAUGCAUCUUUAGGGAACAGUUUGAAGAGAACUGGUAUAAUACCUAUUCAUCCAACAUAUAUAAGCAUGGAGACACUGGCCGCAGGUAUUUUGUGGCACUUAAUAAAGAUGGAACUCCAAGAGAUGGUGCCAGGUCCAAAAGACACCAGAAAUUUACACAUUUCCUGCCUAGACCAGUGGAUCCAGAAAGAGUUCCAGAAUUGUACAAGGACCUACUAAUGUACAGCUGAAGGGUG